GUGGCAUACCUGUCGUAUACUGCCCAUCAUGGCCUUCCAGAGCCAGAAGUGGCACUCUACGACAGUGAUGGCCAGCCGCAAUUCAGUGAGGCCAAAGCACUCGAGUAUGUACACAGCAUGGCAGAUGACAUUGGCUAUCGAAUUGUGGGUACACAGGAACAUGUCAAGUCGCGGGACUGGCUCAAGCAGGAAAUACACAGGCUUGUUGGUGACCUACGGAAAGAUCCGAGACGCGAUGCAUUGUAUGAGGUGGAGGUGCUGAACCAGCCUGGUAGGGGCUCGCAUCGAUUCGACUUUAUGGGCAAGGUUGUGAUGAAGCAAUAUGAAGAUAUUGAAAAUGUGGUGGUACGCAUUUCGAGCAAGAUGAACGGCAAGUCGAAGCAAAACAGCAUUCUUGUCAAUGCACACCUUGACUCGACAUUGCCUUCGCCUGGAGCAGCUGAUGAUGGUGUUGGCAUUGCUAUUCAGCUCGAAAUUCUCCGUGUCAUGACUUCACGUCUGGACGUUUCGCAUCUCGAGAAUUCAGUCAUUCUAUUGUUUAACGAUGCGGAAGAGUCAUUGCAGGAUGCGUCGCAUCUGUUCGCAACGCAGCCGCAUCCUUGGGCGCAUACAGUACGAGGCGUGAUCAAUCUGGAAGCAGCUGGCAACCGAGGACCAUCCAUCCUAUUCCAGGCCACUUCGCCUCAAAUGCUUGAUGCAUACAGUCAUGUUCCUUAUCCUUACGGCACCGUCAUGGCGUCUGACAUCUUUGCUACGGGUCUCAUCCUCAGCGAUACAGACUUUCGGCAAUUUGAGCAGUAUGGCAACAUGACCGGUCUUGACACUGCCAUUGUCGCCAACUCGUACGCCUACCACACACAGCUCGACACGACAGCCAACGUAGAACGCGGAGCGACACAGCAGUUUGGUGAAAAUACACUAGCGAUCGUGACGCAUCUUACGCAGCCUGGCAAGGUUUUGCAAGCAAGCGAACCAAAGGUGGAUCGUAUCUACUUUUCCGUCUUGCAGCACUGGUUCGUCAGUUAUUCGACAAAAGCGGGGAAUCUUGCCGCUAGGCUCUUAUUUUCCAUCGUGCUUGGCUAUCUUGGCUAUGUCGGUGCUCAACCCAAGCAGGUCGCUCGAGCCAUGGCCAUCCACUUUUCAUCAUUGGUGGGCGCUCUUGCUAUUUCUGUUGCCGUCUCCAAAAUCAUGACGGUUGCUGGUCUGCAUAUGAAGUGGUUUGCCAAUGACUACAUUUGCUUGGUGCUUUACCUCCCGGCAGCCUUGCUUGGCUUCUUGGUUGCAAGCGUCGCCUUCCCAACGACCAGAGUUGAAGCCCAUCAAGCAUCACUUUUGUUCUUCAGCAUCAUGAGUCUGCUCCCAAUUGGCAGUUCAUUCUGGAUGUUUUACCAGACUAUCAGUUUGCUGUACGCCGCAUUCUUGCCAGACACGCUCGUCAUGUGGUUUACCGGCUCUGCCCAAGCAAUCUUGUUUGGCACAGAAGGCUACUGGUCAGUCCUUGGCAUCUUUGUACCCCUCACAGGUCGACUUGGCGGUGAUGCACCUGCAGAAACCAUUAUUGCCAUUAUUGUUGCUGUGUUGACCUUUUUUGGUCUUCCCUUGCUCCCAGCCUACUUGGCCAGUUUGACACGAGCGACGCGUCAACGAGCGCUAGGCGCGACCGUCAUGACUAUGCUACUAGGCGCACUGCUGCUCUCUACACGUACCGUAUGGGACGCUGCACACCCGCGACGCGUCUUCUCACAACACAUGUACAACUUGACCGAUGGCUCCACCUCGCUUCACUUCGCAUGCGCUGAUUCUGCGCCCGGAUUUGGUGCAUACGUGUCUAGUCUGGCAUCACGGCUGCAAGGUGCUGGGAUUGCGACUGGACAAGCCGUAUCGAUGCCCAUGAAUGAGUGGGUGGCCGAGUGGGAUGUCGUCUAUCCCUUCUCACAAUUCUUGGAUAGCUACAAGGUGCCGCUGGAAACGCCAGCACUGCAAGCGUUGUCAGCUGGCUACGAGACGCCAACGUUAGAAGCGAAGCACCAGGUGCGCAGAGGUGGAUUGGUUGAUCUUGUGCUUGAGGUGAAACAUGCUGGACUCAUCUGGACGGUCAUGUCGUUUGACGCUGAUGUGGUGGAUUGGUCCCUGCCGCGUGGUAUCCAAGGGUAUGGACGUCAUCACGUCAAGCAUGUUGGUACAGAUGGUAUCAGCAGUCAUACGCUGACUAUGACGCUCAAUGCUACACCUGGAUCAAGCUUGUUUAUUGACUUUGUGGGCAUUGACGUGGAAGCCAUGUAUCCGCACAAUAAGCACAAGGCAGGC